AUGGCGGAUAUUGCAACUGUGUCUCAACUGCUAGAGAAAUCGUUGGCUCCUUCUACUGCAAAGAUUGCAGAAGAAAGCUUACGAGCAGUCGAAGGGCAACAAGGUUUUCCCUCAACCCUUUUGCAUGUGGUCGCAACUAGUGAUCUGAGCAUUCCAGUGAGAUUGGCUGGGUCACUUUAUUUCAAAAACCUGAUCAAACGGAAAUGGAUUGACGAAAAUGGUGUCUAUCGAUUACAUACAGACGACGUCCAAAUUGUGAAGACGCAAAUCGUUGCAUUGAUGAUUCAGUUACCGGAUUCGCUACAAGUUCAAAUAGGAGAAGCCGUGUCUCUCAUCGCCGAAUCUGAAUUUCCCGAGCUUUGGCCUGAUUUGAUUGACGAACUUGUUGGUAAACUUAGCCCAGAUAAUAUGCACACCAACAAAGGUGUUUUGAAAGUGGCACACUCAAUCUUCAAGAGAUGGAGACCGUUAUUUGGAUCCAACGAACUGUACUCUGAAAUCAACCUUGUACUAUCGAAAUUUGCACAACCAUUUCUUGAAAUUUUGAAGAUGGUGGAUCAUUUGAUUGAAGAGAACGUCAACAACAAAGACAAUCUGGCUCUAUUAUUUGAAAAUUUGCUUCUAUUGGUGAAGAUCUACUAUGACUUGAACUGUCAGGACAUCCCAGAAUUCUUUGAAGACCAUUUGCAGGAAGGGAUGGCCGUUAUUCACAAGUACUUGAAAUAUUCCAACCCACUACUUCAAGAUUCGGACGAGGAUGAUGAAAUUGAUAUUCUCACAUUGGUCAAAACUAGUUGUUGCGAGUUGAUUCAACUGUACACUACGAGAUACCAAGAAGAAUUGGGUAGUUUGAUUACUGAGUUCAUCAAAACUAUUUGGGAUUUGCUCAGUUCCAUUGGUCCCCAGCCAAAGUAUGAUAUCUUGGCUUCGAAAUCGCUCCAAUUUAUGACCAUUAUUGCAUCUCUUGAAGCAUACAACAGCGCUUUGAAGUCUGAAGGCGCGCUUAAGGAGAUAAGUGAAAAGAUAAUUCUUCCAAACGUUCUAUUAAGAGAGUCAGACGAAGAGUUGUUUGAAGAUGAUCCAAUUGAAUAUACAAGAAGGGAUCUUGAAGGAUCAGACUCUGAUACAAGAAGAAGGGCAGCCACCGAUUUCUUGAGAGCUUUGAAGGAAAAUGAAGAGCAAGAGGUUACCAAGGUUGUAAUGACUUAUGUCAAUCAUUAUCUUUCCGACUUCCAGUCAGACUCUUCUCAUUGGAAAUCGAAAGACCUGGCCAUCUGUUUGUUCAGUUCGAUCGCUGCAAAGGGAUCUAUUACUAAUGCCGGAAUUACAUCUACCAACUUGCUUGUUGAUGUUGUCAACUUCUUUUCCGAGUUUGUGGCUCAGGAUCUGGUCAAUCAGGUUUCACACCCAAUUUUGAAGGUCGAUGCUAUAAAAUACAUCUUCACAUUCAGAAACCAAUUGACAAAACAACAAUUGAUUGAGGCUUUCCCUUUGCUUUCAUCUCAUUUCCAAGAUAGCAACUAUGUUGUUUAUACAUAUGCCGCCAUCACCAUUGAGAAGAUUCUAUCGUUGAGAAAUCCUGCUAGCCAUCAGCAAUUAUUAUUUGGCAAAUCAGACAUCCCUUCGGCAGUUUUUGAAGAUCUUUUGAUGAAUCUGUUCAGACUAAUGUUUAGCAAGGGCGAUUCCCCAGAAAAGCUUGCAGAGAACGAGUUCUUGAUGAAGUGUGCCAUGAGAAUUUUGCUAACUGCAGAAGAUUCUUUGGGUACUGUUGCACCACAGCUACUGCAGCAGUUGAUGAAGAUUGUCGAUAUCAUUGGGAAAAAUCCUUCAAAUCCAAAGUUUUCGCAUUACACUUUUGAGUCUAUUUGCGUCAUAAUCAAGUUCAACAACAGUCAAAUCACGAGUAUUUUCGAAUUGAUCAAGCCCUGUCUUCUAUCUGUUUUGAGUCAAGAUAUUCAGGAAUUCAUUCCAUACUCAUUUCAAAUUCUAGCAUACUGUCUUGAAAACUUUCCACACACAGAGAAGAUUCCAGUUGAGUACGAGCAGCUCAUCAAGCCUCUUUGUUCGCCGGCAGUCUGGGAGUUUAGGGCAAAUGUUCCCGCAAUUGAGAGACUUUUGUCUGCAAUUAUCAAGGCGCAGCCAACUGUUUUCACAUCUACCUCUUCUCUGACGCCUAUAUUGGGUGUGUUCCAGAAACUUAUUUCUUCAAAACUGAACGAUCAUUUAGGAUUUGACUUUUUGGAGGCAAUCUUACUCAACAUCGAUAUCUCUUAUCUCAAUCCGUUUAUGAAAGAGAUUGCAAUGAUAUUGCUUUCUCGUCUUCAAACUUCUCGGACAGAGAAGUUUGUCAAAAGAUUUAUUGUCUUUUUAAGUUCUAUCGCUGCAUUACCUACCUCAAAUGACCCAGCAUUCAAGAAAAAUCCACUGAACUCGUCUUUUGUCAUCCAGUUCAUAGAGAAUGUUCAAGUGGGUAUUUUCCAACAGAUUCUGACUAGUGUUAUCACGCCAACCAUUGAAUCAUUCAACAACUUGCUUGAUAAAAAGAUUUUAAUUGUUGGGCUGGUCAACCUUAUCACCGAGCAAUCACAAGUAUUGGGGCUGGAGAACUUUAAGCUUGUCCUGUCUAAGCUUCUUAGGAUUUCAUCAUCUGACAGCAUCAAAAACUACAAAAACUUUAAUGAGAAUGUGGAGCUGCUACUUGAACUUGAAAAUGAUGAGCUUUCAUUUGGGUCCAGUUUCAAUCAAUUAAACAUCAUUCAGCAAAGACCAUUUGAUCCUGUGAAGGAGAUCAGCUCAAAGGAAAUGAUAUCAACUUAUCUCCGCACCAAGUUGACUUCGUUCCCAAAUAUUCAAGCUGUUUUGGUCACUUUAGAUCAACCGGAUCAAGAGCUUGUCAGAUCAUUGGGUAUUUCCUGA